CUCAAUGCCCCUCCUCCCUCCCUCCUCUUGCUUCCUUACCCUAUUUCAAAUUCUAUAUUUGUGCCUUUGCUGUAACUUUCAGCUCAGGUAUUCUCUCUCUGCUAAAUCUGUAGAUUAUCAUACUAGGAGUAUGUGUUAAGGAAUAUCUCUUGCCUAUUGGUUUUUAGAUUAUCAUCUCAAAACCUACCUUAAACCCUAACCCUCACUGAUUGUGAAAUGGCAAUGGAGUGGAACGCCGAAACCCUACACUUCCUGUCCCAGUGUUUCAUCAACACUCUGUCGCCUCUCCCCGAGCCCCGUCGCCACGCGGAGGCGGCCUUGGCGGAGGCCGCCGAUCGGCCAAACUAUGGCCUCGCGGUUCUCCGCCUGGUCGCCGAGCCUGCUGUCGAUGAGCAGAUCCGCCAAUCUGCCGCUGUUAACUUUAAGAACCACCUCAAAGCUCGCUGGGCGCAGAAUCCCGACGACCCUGACCGGGUGGUUGUGCCUGACACGGAGAAGGAACAAAUUAAAGGUUUGAUAGUUAGGCUCAUGGUUACUGCGACGCCUAAAAUUCAAGCUCAGCUUAGUGAAGCUUUGACUGUCAUCGGGAACCACGAUUUCCCUAAGCAAUGGCGGGCUUUGUUGCCUGAAUUGGUUGUGACAUUGGAUGAAUUGAGUCAGGCAAAUGAUUAUGUUUCAGUCAAUGGAAUUUUAGCUACGGUUGAUUCCUUGCUCAAGAAGUUUCGAUACGAGUAUACGACAAAUGAUCUCUUACUCGAUCUCAAGUAUUGUCUUGAUAACUUUUCUCGCCCAUUGUUACAAGUGUUCCAGCGGACUGCACGGUAUCUAGACCAGGCUGUGGCUUCUGGAUCUGCAAGUGCUAUUGUUCUAAAGGGUUAUAUAGAGUCGCAGACCUUAUGUUGUUGGAUUUUUCAUUCUUUCAAUUAUGUGGAUUUGCCGGAGUUUUUUGAGGAUCAUAUGGAUGAAUGGAUGGUUGAGUUCAAUAAAUACUUGACGGUGAAAUAUUCUGCUUUGGAAGAUAGUGGAAGUGACGGGCUUGCAGUAGUUGAUGACUUGAGGGCUGUGGUUUGUGAGAAUAUUAGCCUGUACAUGAAGAGAGACGAGGAGCCAUUUCAAAGGUAUUUGAGUGGGUUUGUGGAGGCUGUGUGGGGACUCUUAGUGGCUGCCUCUAAUUCGUCUAGUCGGGAGAGUCUCACUGUGACUGCUAUUAAGUUUUUGACGACAGUUAGUACAAGUGUUCAUCAUACUUUGUUCGCAAGGGAUGAUAUUCUGCAGCAGAUAUGUCAGAAUGUAGUGAUUCCUAAUGUGAUGCUAAGGGAUGAGGACGAGGAGCUUUUUGAGAUGAAUUACAUUGAGUUCAUUAGAAGAGAUAUGGAAGGCAGUGAUUUAGAAACCAGGAGGAGGAUUGCUUGUGAACUCCUUAAGGGAAUUGCUUUGAACUAUAAGGAGAGGGUGGCUGAAAAGGUUUCUGCUCAGAUACAGGGUCUUCUAGCCUCAUUUUCUCAGAAUCCGGCAGCUAAUUGGAAGCACAAAGAUUGUGCUAUCUACUUGGUUGUUUCUCUUGCCACAAAGAAAGCUAGUGGCACCUCGGUUUCCACUGACCUGGUGGAUGUUGAGAGCUUCUUUGGGUCUGUUGUUGUGCCAGAGCUGCGAAAUCAAGAUGUUGAUGGAUUUCCUAUGUUGAAAGCUGGUGCUUUGAAAUUCUUCACAAUGUUCAGGAACCAGAUCCCAAAAGCUGUUGCAGUCUCACUGCUUCCUGAUGUUGUCCGCUUCCUGGUUUCUGAGUCAAACGUGGUUCAUUCAUAUGCUGCUAGCUGCAUUGAGAAACUCCUUCUAGUUAAAGAUGAAGGUGGGAGGGCUAGAUAUUCAGCUGAAGAUAUUAGCCCAUUUCUGCUGGCAUUAAUGACCAAUCUUUUUGGUGCCUUACAAAAGGCAGAAUCGGAGGAGAACCAUUAUGUGAUGAGGUGCAUUGUGAGGGUUCUUGGAGUUGCUAAUAUUUCACAUGAGGUUGCAUUACCUUGCACCAAUGGUCUGGCUACUGUUCUAUCUAAAGUUUGCGAAAAUCCCAAAAACCCAGACUUUAAUCAUCAUCUGUUUGAUUCCGUUGCUCUUUUAAUCAGGAGGGCUUGUGAGCAAGACCCAUCUAUUAUUUCAGCUUUUGAAACAAGCUUAUUGCCCAUCCUACAGGUGAUCUUAUCGAGAGAUAUAACUGAGUUCUUCCCUUAUGCAUUCCAGCUGCUAGCUCAGCUUGUGGAAUUCAAUCGAUCUCCUUUACCAGGGAAUUAUAUGGAUAUUUUUGCAAUACUCCUUCUUCAAGAUUCAUGGAAAAAGUCUGCUAAUGUACCUUCUCUUGUUCGCUUGCUCCAGGCUUUCCUUAGGAAGGCUCCACAUGAGUUAAAUCAGCAGGGGUGUUUAUCAAAUAUUCUUGGAAUAUUUAAAAAUUUAGUUUCAUCUCGGAGUACUGCUGAACAAGGAUUUUAUGUGCUCAAUACUGUGAUUGAAAAUCUUGGUUAUGAUGUUGUCUCUGCCCACAUUAGCCAUAUAUGGUUUACCCUGUUUCAGCUGCUUCAGAAUAACAAAACAACGAAGAUCGUUAAGUCUCUUAUUAUAUUUAUGUCACUUUUUCUGGUGAAGCAUGGUCCUGAGAAACUUGUUGGCUCGAUGAAUGCUGUGCAGCCCGAUGUUUUCUUCCAAAUUUUGGAGAAAGUUUGGAUACCUGACCUUAAGGCAAUCACGGGUUCAAUGGAGCUGAAGUUAGCUUCAGUAGCGUCAAUUAGGAUCUUAUGUGAGUCUCUGCCACCAUCACAUUCAGAACUUUGGGGAAAAAUGCUUGACAGCAUUGUUACACUCCUUUCACGUCCAGAGGAGGACAGAGUGGAAGAGGAGCCUGAGGAACCAAUUUUUAGUGAAACUAUUGGUUCUAAUGCUGCACGGUUCCAGUUGCGCAAUGCUGGCAGGAAAGAUGAGGACCCUCUGCCAGACAUCAAAGAUCCAAAGCAAUUUUUGGUUGCAUCUUUAGCAAAUCUUUCUUCUCACUCCCCUGGAGCAUUGCCUCGGAUUAUUGCAGGAAAUCUUGAUCCAGCUAAUCAAGCUGCUUUACUUCAACUUUGCAACACCUACACCGUCACCAUAGUUUGAGGACUAAUUAACCUUACGAUCAUGUUUGGAUGAAAUUGGAAAUUUUCUGGUAUAUUUUUUUGUGGUCUGGGUCGUUUCAUUAUCCGCUGUUCUUGACAAGUCCUACGUCUGGAAAAUUUCUUGUCUUGUGGGGUCAUGAGAAUUAAGUCCCCCUGGAUGGAACUAUCAACAACAACUACCUGUGUCAUAUGAAUGGUUCAAGGAGACUGUCGAUUUUUAUAUAGCUGCAUGGAACUUUUUGUUCUGUUCUGUGAUGUGAAGCAACACAGACAGAAACCGAGUCUCUGGUUUACUUGAGGGCCAAAGUCAUUGACAUUUUGCUUCUUCUCAAGCUGUAUGUGUCGAUUUCUGUCUGUCAUGUCUUGUGAUGAAAUUCUAAUUUUCUAUUGCUCUAUCAAUCUAUCUAUGAGUCGGUUUCUUUA